CAGCGGCAGCGGCUGCGGCGCCGGCGGCAGUGGUCGGCCGACUGGCGCGGUGGUGAGAGGGUGCCCCACAGCUCCCUGACAGUGUAUUGUGAGGCCCCGGCCACUGUUGGCGAGGCGCCGCUGCUGUGCGAGUGUGUGACGUGCGGCUGAUCGCCGCGUGGCGAGCGGGUGUGAAGUGAGCUGCCGCUGUGAGAGCGCUGCUCGGCGGGAGAGUGUUCUCACCUGGGACGGCGGACCGGCCGGCGCGCACCAGUCACCUCCGCGCGGCGGCUGGAGUUCGCGGAAUUGGCCGCCACUAUCAGUAAGGAGCCGACUGGGGCCUGGGCGGCCGGCGCGGCUCGCUCCGCGGCCACACGCGCUCUGUUCUCAGGCGAGCUGGCGCACGCGGACGGCUCUCUGCCAUGCAGUUUCUGAGUCCGUUCGACCCGGGCAUACGGGCCGCACCGCUGCUGCUGCUGCUGCUCUCACUGCUACUCACCGGACUGUCUGCAGCGGCUGGCGAGUGCCGCUCGGAGCACUGUAGCCGGGAGUACGAGCGCAGCCGGGAGCGUCUACAGCUGGUGGAGCGGCCCGAGCCAAACACGUGCCGCCUGCUCGGCGCCUUCAGCGACUGCAUGCGCAAGACGAAGCGCGCCUGCCGCGGCCACCUCUACUUCCACACCAACAUGGGCAUCGUGGAGCGCACGUUCCGCAAGUACGACUGCCGUCGCAUCCUGGCCGAGGCGGCGGCGGCGCCGCCUGUGACGCGCGCGCCUCCGCCGCCGCCGCCGCCGACGGUACCGGCGCCGCUCGAUGACUCUGUGUGCUCGUACCGCGCCGCCGCCGCCGCCGAGCCGGUGGUGUGCAGCCUGUUCGGCGACCCGCACGUGCGCACCUUCGGCGGCGAGUUCCAGACGUGCCGGCUGCUGGGCGCCUGGCCGCUGCUGGACAACGCCUACCUGGCCGCCCAGGUCACCAACAGCCGCGUGGGCAGCGACGAGUGCGCCACGGCGCCCACUAAGCUGACGGUGAUCGUCAAACACAACGAGCCGUGCACGGGCCAGCUGACGUACGAGGCACGCGCCAACGAGUCGCUGCCGCGCGCCUUCGUCGACGGCGCGGUGUCGUCUGGCGCGCGCUCGCAGCACAGCGCGGCCGUCACCACGCUGGUGCCGGGUCUGCACGUGGCCAUCACGGUGCGCCACAUCAACGCCACGCUGGAGAUCCGCCGGGUGGCCGGCCACCUGUCCUUCUCUGCCCGGCUGCCGCGCGAGCUGGCCGAACAGCCCGAGGCGCGCCGCGGCCUGCAGCUCUGCAGCCGCGGCUGCCUGCAGCGCGAGCGCGUCGACUACCGGCGCGUGCUGAGCUCAGUGGGCCGCGUGGACGCCGUGCACGCCGGCCGGCCGGUGGUGCUCACCGCCGAGCUGGUCACCGACAUGUGUCGACAAAACCGCGUCAUCGGACCCUACCUGGACGCGUGCGUGUUCGACGCCCUCUCCACGGGCAAGACAGCCUUCAUGGAGGCGGCGCGCGAGGCGCAGCGCGACCUGGAGCGGCUGCUGCCGCAGGCGCUGCGCCAGCUGCCCAACCGGACUCGGCUGGGGUCGCCGGUCGGCGGCGCGCCGGGCCGGCCGGCGGCCGCCGCGCCCCUGCUGGCAGCCGCCGCCGCCCUGUGGGUGCUGCUGCGCCGGUGACGGCCGACGGAGGUGUGAGCCGUCCAGUGCUGUGUGGGGCCGGUCGGAGCGGGAUCCCGUCCAGUGCUGUGUGAUGGCCGGUCGGAGCGGCCGCCACCGGACGUUGUUGCGUUGAGCGUGUUUUGAGUCAGAGCUGCGUUGGCUCACCGUUUUAUCAGUGGACUUCGUUUACCUCACCCCGAGUGUGUUGUCUAGUCAAUAAGUUGCUUUGAGAGAGGGAGAGAUUCAGAGAGCUGUAUGUGCACGUCGCUACAAUGAAUGUGCACACACACGCACAUACACACAAACCUUAUCUGCGCCGCGCGGCGGCGAUGGAGCCGAUAUUCGGCUGUGUCCGCCGCGCCGCGCCCCAACUGGUUGUGAUCAUCUGGGCUUAUCUCAUGUGGGUUGUGCGGCUGGCCGUGACCUGACCUCGGCCGGGUCGCCGGUCUCGGCUCGCUCCCUGCUGUGUCGUGGGACGGGCCGCCCGUUGUUUCGUUGGUGUGAGCCAACUACUGUAAGAUGAUACAAAUAUAACAUCACAUUCUA